AUGAAGUCUACAUACUCCUGUUUUUCUGGGUAUCAUGUAUGCUUCACUUUCCUGCAAGUGAUAGCAGCAGCAGAGAAUCUGAUGGUGACUACUCCUGCUAGACACUUGGUGGCUAGAGUAGGAGGCCAGGCUGAGCUCAGCUGCCAGGUGUCCCCACCAUGCAGUGUGGAGUUUAUGGAGGUGCGCUGGUUCAGGAGUGACAAUUCCAAACUUGUUUAUCAGUACAGAGGUGGCCAUGGAGUGAAUGGAGAAGCUGCACCUGAAUACGUGAAUUGUACAGAGUUCGUGAAAGAGGCCAUUGGGAAGGGCAGAGUGGCCAUCAGAAUUCAUAAUAUCAGCAUUUCUGAUGAUGGGCUUUACCAAUGUUCAUUUAAUGAUAGCGGCUUUAGUGAUGUGACCAGCAUGAACCUCAGUGUGGCAGCAUUUGGAUUGAAGAUGCAAAUCCAUGUUGAGAGUCCCAGUGAUGAUGGAUUCAUUGUGGGGUGCUUGUCAGAAGGGUGGUUCCCACAGCCCCGAAUGGAAGGGAGAGGCAGCAAAGGGGAGGUAGUUCCAUAUUCUUCAAUAUCACACUCACAGGAUGGAGAUAGAUUUUUCCACAUGAAGAUGACUCUUCUCCUCAGAAACCAGUCACAGGAAAGUAUCACAUGCUGUGUUCUUAACCCUCUAACUGGCGAAGAGAAGCAAACAAAUCUCAUCCUGGCAAAUGCCCUGUUUAAUGAGAACUACAUGAAAAAAUCAAUUUUUGGUUUCCUUUCAACAUCAAUUUUUUUAUCUUUAUUUUACCUUUUAACUUUUAUCUUCAACAAACAAGAUCAUGAAUCUAAAUGUGAACCAUGUUUCCAUAAAUUAGACAUCAUAGUGAUGGCUUUACAGUUCCUGUGUUUCAUAGUCUUCUCUAUAACAAUCCUUCUUAAGUAUCUGCAGUAUCGGAACAAAGGUCUGUUUUAA